AUGUAUCAAAGUAUUGGCAGGCAACGACUUGUGUACCGAUCUCGAAUCUCUAGCUACGUUAAAGCUGGUUUGAUAGACCAUGCAAUCUCAACAUUUGACGAGAUGACUGAAUCGAACUGUCGUGUAUUUGGCAUAGAUUACAAUAGAUAUAUGGGCGUAUUGAUUCGUCAAUUGCGCUUCGAUCUGGCCGAGCAAUAUUACUGCAGAAUGAUACCACAAGGAUUUUCUUUGAGUCCAUUCACAUAUUCAAGGUUCAUUUCUGGUUUGUGCAAAGUCAAGAACUUUAGUCUUAUUGAGAAACUUCUAGAAGACAUGGACAGGAUUGGGUCGGUGCCGGACAUUUGGGCUUAUAAUAUCUAUUUGAAUCUUUUGUGCCGAGAGAAUCGGUUAGACAUGGCUCUAAAGAUAGUAGGAACCAUGGUCGAGAAAGGGAGAGAGCCUGAUGUUGUCACAUAUACUACAGUUAUCAGUGGGUUGUGCAGGGCGCGGCAAUUUCACUUUGCAGUUGAAAUUUGGCGUGAAAUGAUGAAGAAGGGGUUUAGUCCAGAUGUUAAGGCUUGCAGGGCAUUAGUACUGGGUUUGUGUAAAGGUGGUAAGGUUGAUUUGGCAUAUGAGCUUACGGUGGGUGUAGUGAAGGGUCAAGUUGAAUUAAGUAAGUCGAUUUAUAAUGCUCUUAUUUUUGGGUUUUGUCGAGCGGGACAAAUUAGCAAAGCACAAGCUAUCAAGUCAUUCAUGAGGAGGAAUGGGUGUGAACCUGAUUUGAUCACUUACAAUGUGAUGUUGAAUUAUUGCUGUGAUAAGCUUAUGCUGGAAGAGGCAGAGAAGCUGUUGAAGAAGAUGGAGUCUAGUGGGAUGAAACCUGAUGCGUAUAGCUACAACCAACUUCUUAAGGGCCUUUGCAAAGCAAACCGUCUUGACAAGGCAUACCAGUUGAUGAUGAAAGAGAUGGAACCCAGGGGCUUAUGUGAUGUUGUAUCCUACAAUACCAUGAUUAAAGCGCUGUGCAAGGCCUACCACACUAGAAGGUCUUUUAAGCUAUUGGAGGAGAUGGGUAGAAGGGGGAUUGUUCCAGAUCUGGUAACCUUCACAAUUCUCAUAAAAGCUUUUCUUAGAGAAGGCAAUUCCAAUAUGGCCAAGAAGCUUCUUGAUCAAAUGACAGGUAUGGGUCUCUCACCAGAUCGUGUGCUGUAUACUACAAUUAUUGAUCAUCUGUGCAAGACCGGCAGAACUGAGAUGGCUCAUGAUGUUUUCUGCAAUAUGUUAGAAGAGGGAAUUGUCCCUGAUGUAAUUUCCUACAAUGCCCUCAUCAAUGGGCUUUUCAGAACAUUGAGAGUCCGUGAGGCCAUGCAUCUCUACAAAGAUAUGCAUGCUAGAGGCUCCUAUCCUGAUGACGUGACCUACAAGUUGAUAAUUGGAGGGCUCAUACAGGAAAAUAAUCUUGCAGUGGCUUGCAAGGUGUGGGAUGAGAUGAUGGAAAAGGGUUUCACUCUUGACAGAGCUGUUUCUGAGAUACUAAUCAGUGCCAUCCAUUCUAAAGAUGCGUCUUCAUGAACGUUAAAAUGGUUAAAGUCUAUGCCAUCAGUGGUAAUAUUUUCUAUAAAUGCUGUUGAGAAGCCCAAGCCAAAAAGUUUUCAAGCCAAUUUCAUCAACCUGCUUGCCAAAUUAAAGUGAAAAAGGACAAAGGUUUGAGCUCUACCCUGUUACUCAGAUAUUAAAAUUUCACAUGUAAUGCAAGCUUUUCAUUUUUUUUUAAUAAUAAUUUUACUGGAUGUAGACCGGUGUAAUAAAAUUGACAUGAAGAGUAAAACUAUAUUCCUUAAUAUCUCAUGUCUAAUCACUGUUAUAAAUUUUCUUUCUUCUAGUCAAUUUUCAAUCUUUUUCUUUAUAAUGCAGAGAGUAGCUUGACAAUGCCUCCUUAAUUUGUUUUAUGUAGAUAACUACUUCUAUCCUUUAUGCAGUAAUUUGGGACAAAUAGAGAACGGCAGUGGGGGCAGGUGGAAUCAGUCUCUUGUUUUAUCCUGGUAAAUUCUCACCUUACAUAAAUCUUGUUGUCCUUUAGUUGGAUUAAGCAUGGACUCAUGCACCAAUCAUGCUUGCAUAUACAUCACAUCAUUAUAUCAAGCAGAGCAAGUAAUCAUGUGUCAAAUCCAUAACAAAUGAGAAGUUGAGACCUUCUAAUGAAGAUGCCACUAUAAUCCUUGAUAAUUGUGGCAAGUACACUCGGUGAUUCCUUGUAUGGAGUGUCUGUUGGGAGUUGAGGCUGAGUUUGGGUCUAGGAUUUUUUUUCAGUAUCUUGAAGAGAUGGCCUAGGUCCCUUUGUUGUGUUAUGUAAUGAGCUUUAAACUAAGGAUCCAUGUUAGCCUUUUGAUGUUAGUGGAAUGAUUCAAGGAUUUUGAUCAAUCAUCAAUCCUUGUUGGCCAAGGGAUGGGCCGAGGCUUUGGAUUUUCUUCAGUGCCCAAUGAAAGAUCCAACAAGGCUGAAUGAUGAGAUGAAGAGGGAAAUUUGGAGUUGUUUUUUUUAUUUUUUAAUUUUUUAAUUUUUGUUUUUGUUUUUGUUUUUUUUUGGUUUUUUGGUUUUUUGGCAGGCCAGAAUGAGAGCAAGGCAUGGUUGGCCCAUGGUCAACUGCCGUGUAGCUUACUGUCUAGUGCUAUUUAGCACUUGGCGGCGUGCUGCGGCUGCUACCUCCCUAUCCAUAUGGCAGAAAACAGAGGGGUAUAUUCCUUUCUUUUGGGUUGGUUUGUUUCAUCAGUUUUAAUUUUUGAGUAGGGGUUUGCAGCUUUCUCCUUUUAUGAUUUAUACAACAUAGUGGAUUACUUUGAGGUGCACUGGAUUUGUGCAGGACGACAAGGUUUGUGCCCUGCCCUGCCCUGUUAGAUGUGAAUGAUGUUUAUUUCUAACUCCCCACACCACCCACCCACCCACACACAAAAAUAAGAGAAAUUUCCCGAGCUUUGCGCUUCGUUGCUUCCAAAGACUUGCAAAAUAAUCCUUACUGUUAUCAUGCUGCAUGUCUUGUCUAGCUCAAAAGCACUCGUUUGAUGUGUUGUUUACUUUGUGGGAUCUAGAUGCCUCUCAGAAUUCUAUUCUGGAAUGCUCAUCUGAUGGAAUGUUUUUGUUUGUAGGAUUCUUGGGAAUAUACAGUGUCCACAGGAUAUCCAUGUCUGUGUUUGGUUCAACAUGAGAAUCCUGUUAAGCAUUUCAUAAGAUUACCGAAAUACCCUCUACCUAUGUAUGUAUUAUAUAUGAAGAAUAGUUAAAUUUUCGUAAUAAAUAAAGUUGUUUAUUAUAAUAUUAUAUUGUUCUAUUAUUGUAUUAUAAUAUUAUUCCAUCUUCUUGUGCUGAUUAUAGAGUUUGGGUUUUGGAUGGGCUGGGGGAGUUUUCUUGCAAAACUAUUUUUGAUCAUUUCUUGUGAUGCUUCAGUUAUUGUUUUCUUCUAUUUUCCUUGAUUUGGGAGCAUUGCAUAUUUAUUAUAUAAUUUAUCAAUAGCUAGUCUAGCUGCAAUUCUGCUAGCAUGUUCUUUUUAUCGUGGUUAAGAUGAAAUAUGCUGUUUUGAUAUUAGAAGCUUCUGUACCUAUUUUGCUGUCUACCUGCAUCCUCACGUUUCUGCUGGGGACGUGUAUCUUCAUAAAAAAAUUGUGCUAAAUUCUGAAAGGUUUUCCCUUUUGGUACUUCUUUCCUUUUCUUUCUAGUCAUAAGGAGCUAAUUCAUCUUAUUCAUGCUUCUAUGUUAUUAAUGACAUUUUUAGGUAUGCAUUAAGGCCUCAGUUAGUGUAUUGAUCAGGACUACUCUUUUUUGAGAUUGGUAAUUCGGUAGUGGGAAAGAAUCAGAGGACAAAUGCACUCAUCGAAUGCAAAGACAGGUUAUGCUACUUUCCAAUCCUAAUGCAUGCAAUUUGAUACUGAGAUGGGUGUCUAUAUUGUCAUCUUUAUUAUUUUUUUAUAUAAAAUUAUUUUAAUUACUUUUUAUAAUUUUUUUGGGGGGUGGGUUAUAUGGAACUAAGAAGCAAAGGGGAACUGAUACAAGAUCAUUAUUACAAUUUGAGCUGAGCUUGUUGAAAAGUGACCAAAGGCUAGCACAGGCCUCUUAAUAUUGACUGCCAUAGUGCCGUCCAUUUAGUUCCCAAGGGUCAAGACCAAAGACUUCUGUUGAACGAAACAAGUUGCACUGAUUCAACAAAGAUGACAUGAGGACCACUUGGUUUCUUUUAACUGAAAUGGAAGUUUCAUGUUUCUAUCCAAUUGGAGAGCUCUUGCAUGAGUGAUUGAAGGUGCUUAGUAAUGUUCAAAGCAGGUAGUAAUUCGGUGCUGUGCUACUGCCUUUUUUUGUCAGGCAGGCCUUUCUUUGGUGGAGGCAAAAAUAUGUGAAAGAAUGUGAUUUCUCAGCCUUGCGAAAGAUUCACCUUUUAGUUGGGCAGGUAUUUCGUUGGAGGCAAAACUAUGUGAAGGAUUGCACUCAUUCAGCUUUUUCAGAGAAUAGUUUGAUGCUUGUAAUCAUUUGGUACAUCGUCACCUCAUCAGAACACAAUGAGGUGAUUUUCAUGUUUUGAACCCACUAUGAUGAUUGAGAAUUUAUAAAUCAUUUGGUCAAAUCAUUUGGCUAUGCUAUUUUCAUAGUAAA